AUUGUAAAUAACGGACAUGCAAUAAUUUUUAUACCGGUAGUGCUAAAAGUUGAUACAGUUUUAUAAUUAUGGAGGAUUCGAUGCAAGCACAAAAAUGGCAACAGCAUUUAUCUUUACUGCGAGAACAGUAUGUUAAUUUGUAUAAUUCAAACUCAGAACUUCAACGUAAAUAUGCUAUUGCGACUGCUGAUAAGCAAGAAUCUGGAUUUAUUGGAAGACUUUUAACAACCAUAGCAUCUUUGUAUGGUCAACAUCGCUACAGCGAUAUAGCUAUUAAGCUAAGGGAUAAAGAAAUACCAGCACAUAAAUUUAUAUUGUCUGUUAGAACAGAUUUCUUCAGUGAUUCAGUACUUGCUGAAGUAACUACUUUAGAUUGGACUAAUUUGGACCCAAAUAUUGGAUUAGUGCUCUUAAAAUGGAUAUAUACUGGAAAAGUAUCUCAAGAGAAUUUAACAUUGGAUCUAAUGAAAGCAGCAUCUAAUUUUCAAUUAGUCGAAUUAGUUGAGCAAUGUGAAAAAUAUUUGAUCGGAAUUGUAGGACUGAAAGAUUGUGUACAAUUGUAUGCAGCUGCUGAAGACUUGGGUGCUCAGAAACUAAAAGAACAUUGUAGUUCUUUAAUUUCAGCACACUGGGAAGAUUUAACUGGGGAAGAUUUUAAAGAAAUGCCUGGUUCCUUAUUGUACAAGUUAUUGCAAACAAAAAGUAAAUAUCCGUUACAUGCUGCAGUUAGAUUAUUGAGGGAGGAUGUCGUUUUCUUAUAUUUAGUGGAGAAUAAUUCGGGGUUACCAAAGGCCGUAAAUGCCCUCGACAAUAAGGGGGAAUUGCCCUUGGAAGUCGCUUUAAAAACACGUCAGCCUUCGUUAGCUCGAACUUUAGUUGGGCAUGGUGCUGAUUUAAGCGCGAAAGAUUCAAGAGGCUUUUCUUUGCUUCAAGCUGCUAUCUUUAAAGGAGAUUCCUAUUCAGCGGAAUUUAUAAUAGAACAAUUGGAAAAUAGUGGUAAUGCACAAGAGUUAUCCGAGCCUGUCAAGAUUACAGGAAGCACACGAGAUAUUAAGAAUCCUGAAGAAUUCGAAGGAUGCACUGCUUUGCAUUUGAUGACGAAACAUAUCUCAGAAAGUAUGAUCGCUGUUGGAUCUCGAUUACUCCAAGCUGGCAUUGAUACUAACUUGCAAAACAAGAAAGGAUGGACUGCCUUACAUAGCUGCAUUUGGGAAAGGAAUGAACCGCUUUUUGAUAUUUUGUUAGAAUGUGACAGUAUAAACAUAGAUAAAACUACAAAUGACAAUGACACUCCAUUAUGUAUUGUAAUGAAAGCAGAUCCAUUCUGUGAGUCCUUUGCCAAAAAACUUUUAGCUAAAGGUGCAUCGCCCAAUCCUCUGUACAAAGACACUGAAGACACUUUGCUACACGUUUUGACUAGGGAAAGUAAAGAAGAAGCAGCACUGUUUUUAAUUGAUUAUUGUGAAGAUACCUUAAGGACAAAAAAUAACGAGGGAUAUUCAGUUUUACAUGAAGCUUGUAAAGUUGGUUUAAAAAAUUUAACCAGAUCUUUAUUAAAGUAUGGCUUUCCAUUGGAUGAAGUAACAUUGUCUACUGGUGAUGCACCAAUACAUUUUGCUGUUUCAAAUUUGUAUAUCGAUAUUGUAGUAGAACUGUUAAGUGCCCCUAAUUCAAAUUCUCAGUUAAAUCUGAAAAAUAAUGCAAGUGAAACACCAUUGAGCUUGGCUAUAAAAGUUCCACUCAAGAAAGGCAGAGAUAUCGUUUUGGCUUUGAUAAAGGCUGGAGCGGACAUCAAUCAGCGCAACGAAGAAGGUUUGACAUUAUUGCAUCAAGUAAUAUUAAAAGAAGAUUCAGCAAUGGCUAUCUUUUUAUUAGAAAAUGGUACAGACAUGAAUGCUAGGACUGCAAAUGGGGAAACACCAUUGCAACUCUCUGUACAUUGUAGACUGGGCGAAGUGGUAGAAGCUCUUUGUAAAAGAGGUGUAGAUACUUCUAUAGAGUGUCCAUUAUGGGAUGCAUUAGAUUCAGAUCAAGAGGAUAUAGCAUCUAUCCUAGUUAAAUAUGGAGCUGAUACCGACUGCUGGAGUCCUGGUCCAGAUGGUUGUCAACAAACAUUACUACAUAGAGCAAUUGAUGACAACAAAGAAGAUAUUGCACAAUUCCUUAUAAGAAGUGGAUGUGAUUUAAAUGCUCCAAUAAAACCUGGACCAGAUGGUUCAGGCAGUGAUGAGGCUAGAGACGAGUGUACUCCAUUACAUGUCUGUUGUCAAUGGGGUUUAGAACAAGUGGUUCAGACCCUUAUCGAACAUGGUGCAGAUGUGAAUGCUCGAGAUGCAGAAGGCAAAACUCCAAUUCAUGUUGCUGUACAAAAUCAGCAUUCACAAAUUAUUUCGCUCCUACUUUGUCAUCCAAAUAUAGAUUUGAAUAAAAGAGAUAAAAAAGGUUUAACACCGUUUGCAACUGCUUUAACAUUCAGAAAUAAUAAGGCUGCACAAGCAAUAUUGGAACGACUGCCUAAAGCUGCCGAACAACAUGACAAUAAAGGUAGAAAUUUUUUACACACUGCUAUUCAGAAAAACGACAUGGAAAGCAUACUGUUCCUACUAUCUAUACAGGUAGACGUGAAUUCUAGAGUUCAUGAUGUGACUCAAACUCCACCUUUACAUCUCGCUGCAAUUUCCGGAAAUGAGAUGUUGGUACGAAGUUUGAUUUUGGCUGGUGCACGUGUUAAUGAUACUGAUGCAAACAGAAACACUGCAUUACAUGCUGCAGCGAAAGCAGGUCACGCCGCAGUCAUCUCUGCUUUAUUACAGAACAGCAUUAAUUUUGAUGCAGUAAACGCAGAUGGAGAUAAUGCCCUGCAUGUAGCUGUAAGGGAAGGACAUGUAUCAGUAGUGAGAACACUUUUGACUGAAUGUACAUUAGACGCGGAAGCAGUAAAUCUUAAGGGUAGAAAUCCCUUACACGAAUUAGCUCGAUGUGGCAAGGAUAAUGCUGCUACUAUAUGUGAAUUUUUUUUGGAGUGUAUGUCACAAUACCCCAUAAAUAAAACAGAUUUAGAAGGUAAUACACCAUUACUAAUUGCCUACAUGAAAGGUAAUGGUCAGCUUUGUCGUACAUUGGUAAAGGCUGGUGCAUGUUUAGGUACUAUGAACAAAGAAGGCAUUACGAUUUUUAACUAUCAAGUAGCAACGAAACAAUUACUAUUUAGACUGUUAGAUUCCUUAACGCAAGAAGCACCAUGGGCUGAUAAAGAUCUGUGCUUAGAGUGUGGUACAAAAUUUUCUAUCACAAUGCGAAAACAUCACUGCCGCCACUGUGGCCGAGUUUUAUGCAACAAAUGUUCUGGUCAAGAUGUUCCAAUUGUAAAAUUUGGAUUGAAUAAACCAGUGCGUGUUUGUGUAGUAUGUUUUGAUGUAUUACAAGUAGGUGCUGAAUGAAA